AUGAACCCGAAUUCACUGAUUUGUACAUCUUGCAAUAAAAAUGGUCACGUUGCAAAUAUUUGUCAAGGAUCACGUCAGAAAUUCAAGUCGAAACCAGAAAAAUACAAGCAAGUCAAAUGCAAUCAAAAGAGCGUCAUUCAUUGCACACAGGUGUCUCAGGAAUCAAGCGAUGGAGCUCUUCAAGAGGCCACAUCACACCAGAAAGCAACACACUUUUUGGGCCAACAAGCUUGUGGUUUCGCAUAUCCAUCCAGUUCCUUCAACCUGUUGAUUUCGAAUCACGGUCAACGGAAGUCAUCAAGUAAGAUACCUGAAGCCAUCAUGAUUUCAGUUCAAGUGGAUGGUUACAUGAUACUGAUGGAGGUAGAUUCACGAGCAGGAGUCAACGUCAUACAUCUGGAGUGCUACAAGAAGCUCUGGGCUACAUCUGACGGCCUCUCACCAGUCCACGACCUGAAUUUAGAGGACUACAACGACAACCCAGUGAAGAUCAUCGGAGCCAAGCUCGUCAAAGUAUGUUACAAUGAACACGAAGGAGUGGUUCCUCUUCUCGUUGUUCAUGGGUGCAAAGGUCACAACCUCCUAGGUCGGAACUGGUUUCCUACUCUGGGUAUUACGGUGAGUGCUACACACGUUAUCAACAAGGACAGCAACUUCAGAGCGUCCAGCGUUGAACAACGACGAAUCCUUGUGAAAAUUCAAAGGACCACCCAUUCGCCUAGAUAUUUCAUCUUCACAGCCACCGAGGUAUUUCAAAGCUCGUCCAGUUCCCUAUGCAUUGGAAGCUAG